UUGAUAUCUUCGCCCAGCAAUGACAAGAUCCGACCGCGACGACGGACGAGGGAACAAACUCGAUGCAAGCCAGGAGCCGCUUCUGGAGCUCACUUCCAUCACCGCACUGCCAACGAAGCCGAAGAUGAACUCUGGAGAUCGUGCUUGUCUUCUAGUGUUUUGCUUGGUGGGGCUAAGCAUGUGCUAUGUUGGGCCAACCGUGAUGUUUACUGACGUCGUGUCGUACUCCAACUCGAGCCAAAACCACACGUAUAAAUGGGUGGAUCACGAGAUCCCUCUCAACUUGACGUGGCAUGCAUGGCAAGAUCCAGUGGAUGCGUGGCGGCCGUCCAUGACAAGUCAACGAAUCUCCGAUUUCCCGAGAUUUCCAAACUACCUGUACACGUUCUACAGCCACGAAUUAUCCACCCCACGGCCAUCUUCCCAACUCAUGUUCCGCUCCGAAUCGCCACAUGCACGCGUCCUUGUCUUGGAAGCGGGUAGUGCGGCGCUCGUUCCUACCGUACAUGCAGGUGCAUCGACCAUAGGCGCGCAAUUGAACAUCUCAUCCCGCUCGACGCUCGUCUUGGCAAGUCCAAGUGUUGACGGCGGCAUUUCGAAUGUACAACUGGAUGGGGCGGCGCUGCUUCACUGGACGUGCAUGCCUGGACUUGUGGGCGAGCAGUCACUUAUCUUUCAACCCACGCAUGUGCGAUCCGUGAAUUGGACGUCGCCUGCAGGUCACAGUAGCAGCCCGUUUACGUGGUACUACGCGACCUUCCCCUUUGCUAGCAGUAGUACUAGUACGCGCUCGACGGCACGGACUCUGCGCAUGCAUGCAAAAGGCUUGACCGCUGGACAAGUGUUCUUCAAUGGAGCACACUUGGGCCGAUACAACGGCACGUCGUCCGUGCACUUCUCCGUCGCCGUGCUAGCGGAGAACACGAUCACAUUACUCGAAGAAAUCCGUGCAAACGUCGGCGCUGUCGAGUUUAGAUUGGAGUAAACAACCCACCGAGUUUCUGUUCUCUAUAUGCUGCUUGACUCGUCAAAUAUAUAAGUGAAACGAGUUUGUCAUUCUUAUAUAUUUAGUCUUUCAACCCGUCAAACCGUGCCCGAGUCUACACAUACACACAACCCCACAUGUCAGUGAUUGACACUUUGAGUUGCCAGUGUUACAAUUUGGUUGAUUUUAUCUCGCUUCGACGAGGCCCCGCUGCCUGGCGUCGACCCAAGCGUAGCUCCUCCGCCUA